AUGCCUCGCUCUAGCUUCUCAGAGAAUCCUCUACUACGGGUUUCACGUCCUGUAUCUGCUUGCUCGCGAUGUGAUCACUGUACUGAUUGCCAAUUCAAGUGUGAUGGCAAGUUGCCGGCUUGUACGGCCUGCGAGAAAGCGGGCCGGGAGAAUGAGUGCUCCAGCGCCAACGACCAGUUCGCUCGUGGAAAAGAGCGCAGUUAUGUCGCAGCCUUGGAACUCCGUAUUGAGAAACUGGAAAGACGCCUGAAUUAUGCAAAGUCUAGGAAAGCGUCCGUCGCUCAGCAUGAAAUGGAACCACCGCCACCACCUUUCCAGGAAUCGAAUAGGAAAGAUUCUUUGGCAACAAUCAGGGCAGCCAUCCACAGAAAGGCUGAGCGGAAACGAGAGAACUCGGACGUCAACUCUCUCAUGUCCGAUUUUGGAUUUUUAUCGAUCAAUGCGACGACUCGAGAUUUUGAACCGUCCAUGAGCAAUAUGACAUUUGCAAGGCUUGUGCUAGCAGCUUCGUCGAACAACCGCCUUCCUAACACUCAGAGCUGGAACGCGCCUUCCAGGCAAGACUGUCACGAUAUCGUGCAGUAUUAUAUGAACAACAUUUACUCACUUUAUCCAGCUUUCUCGGAGACGAUCUUCUAUACCUUGAUAGAACAAGUGUAUAGUCAGCCGGAUAGGUCAUUCAAGGAUUCCGAGUACUGGCUCGUGUACAUGGUACUGGCGGUCGGAUCUAUGGCUCAGAGUCGGACAAAGAAUGACCUCCAUUAUAUGAAUGGCAUAUACUUUGUUUCAAAGGCUGUCAGAUAUGCUGAUAAAGCUCUCACGCCUGGUUAUGUCACACAGAUCCAGUCGCUCAUACUGCUUACCCAAUACUCUAUGCUGGACCCGACGCAUUUUGACAGUUGGCACUUGAUUGGCUUUGCAUGUCGUUCGGUAAUAGACCUAGGGUUUCAUCAAGAUCCGCCGUCUGAGCAAAUGCCCGACAAAGCGCAAUUGGACAUGCGGCGCAAGCUCUUCUACUGUGCCUAUUCUCUUGACAGGUCCAUCAGCAUGGUACAGGCACGUGCCUUCUCUUUUACAGAUGCAUCAUCAAACGUGGCUUGGCCAAGACAGCAAUCGUUUAGCCGUCGUGCCUCCAUUACUGGUCAGAUGUUAGCUGGUUCUGAACCAGCAUUUCUACUCUUCCAAUUGCGAUGGGCGCAAUCACACUGGUAUCAAAUCCUAUUCCAAUCAGACAAAGCGCCAUUACCUGACUCAGAUUCAUUCGUGUGGCAAAUGUGUCAGGACAUGCGAGAGUGGGCAGAUACCCUCCCGCUGAAUUUGCCUGUUUCAAUGAGGGAGUUAUUCGAUCUCGAGCUUCGGUAUAGCUAUGUCUACUGUCUCAUGGAGUCAGAGAGAACGCCAAACAUGACAAAUUAUCGCCGCUUGCUCAUAUUUGAGCAUACGAUCGCGUAUCUUGAUCGUAUAUAUGAAAUCGCCCAGAACGGUCCGCCCAAUGCGUUCUACACAAGCCAUGACGCGCUUCGUGUCUUCUUCAUGGCAACCAAGCUAGUAGCCGUAUUAAACGAAGCCGAGGACCUUGUAGCAGCAGGUGUUACGGUUGCACCGCCUCCUAGCCAACCUGGCAGGUCGCCCCCACCGCCUCUUCCGCUUCGGCCUGGGGGGCCUACAAUUGAUAAUCUGCAAAGAAGCUUAGACGCUCUUGAGAGAGCAAAGCAGACUCUGGGCAAAUGGGGCCAGCGUUGGCAGGAUUCUUCAUCUCUCCAACAAGCUCUGGAUCUCAUGACGAUAAACGUGAUUGCGAGACUUCGGUUAAGGCAGUCGAUGCGACAAAGGAUGUCCCCGCCUCAACAUUCUGUAUCGCCCCCAGCGCCUCGUGAAAUGAGAUGGGUGGAUGUUGACGUCGAAGCAAUGGUGAGGGGUAAUAGAUAA